GCCUUAAAGCUACUUUUCUCCGGAUUAAUAUUAUCGUCACACUUUUUGCGCUACAUUCUUUAUAAAAGGAGGAUCACAAACGUGUUUAUGGCUCAUUCGAAAUUCAGAAGCGGUCGUGGACGUUCAUAACACAGAAAUAACGGAGAGUGGAUAUAAACAGCUACCGAAGACGACGAUCCAUAUCGGAAUACGCCUAUACCAAAUCAACCAAAUUUGGAUCCUCAAGAUAUUUGAUCUCAAUUUAAUUGCAAGAUCAAUUGUAAACUUUACAAUAAUGGUCAUGGAGAUGUCGAAGACGUAUCAAUACCGAAAGGUUAUGAAACCACUGCUUGAGCGCAAGCGUCGAGCGCGCAUCAACAAGUGUCUGGACGAUCUUAAAGAUCUGAUGGUGGAGUGCCUCACCGAAGAAGGUGAACAUGUAACGAGGCUGGAAAAAGCCGAUAUUUUGGAACUAACUGUCGAACACAUGCGGAAGCUCAAACAGCGUGGAGCCCUAACACUAACUAAAUCACAAAGCAUGCAUCAUCAAUUGGAGUCUUUUCGAUCGGGUUAUGUGCAUGCAGCCGAACAAAUUUCUCAAGUACUGGCUGCAACUCCGGGUAUGAAUUUGGAUGUAGGCUCAAAUGUGAUGAGAUUUUUGGCAGAUCAAUUGAUUCAAUUGCAAGCCCUACAGAAGGAUCCAUUUCACUUGCCCUUUAUAAGGACAGAAGCGGUACCAAAUAUGAAAGAAGAAAACAUGGAUGUAAUGGUUGAUGUUAUCAAAAUCGAAUCAUCAUCAUCAUCCUCAUCGUCGAAAUCAGAAUGUGCAGAUGUUUGGAGGCCAUGGUGACAGUGACGGUGACGGUGGCGGUGAUGGUUAACUCGAUAUAUCCUAAAAUUUAAAAUUAAAUUUAAGAAAAAAGACUGGUGCAUUCUAUGAGUGACAAUUUUCAUUUAUACAUAAUUCCAAACAAAGGAUAAACAGUCUUCCAUUUUUGCUGCUUAAAUUUAUCAUCAACUUUGUUGUUCUCUAAGACACUGUGAUAUACAAAAUGUACAAUAGAUUUUAAGACCGUAUUAUUUAAGAAAACCGGUUAAAAGCUUUAAAAUCGAAUUAAAUUAAAUCAAGAUUUAUAUACUAUGUACAUAAAUAUAUAUUUAUAUAAUCUGCAUAAAUACAUUCAUUGUAGUAACAUUA